UGAAAGCACGGCAUCAGAGAUGUGGUACAUUAUAACGACUUCUCUUUGUACAGUCCUGUUGGUAACUCUCACCAACGGUGCUUCCUUCAACAAAGACUCCGCUUUGCAGGGAAGAAAUGAACAAAGAAUUGGACCAAACAAGGGAGUUUCAAGAUUUCGCAGGUUUUUUGGGGUAUGCGGAAACCAAAUGUACAGUACAGCUAUGUUCUUGUGUUGUGAUGAUACAUUAAUCCCUAGGACAACAACAGCACGUCUCAUGUGCUGUGGUAGCGAGUCAUACAAUCCAUUAACCCAGAUGUGCUGCGACGCUAACCCACAUUCAAAGAUAGGAUUCCGGCAACCAAGCUGCUGUGGAAGUGAUCCUUAUGAUGCAAAUUACACAUUGUGUUGUGAUAGUACGCCAUUACCAAAGGUUGGAGUCCAAUCAGCCUGUUGCGGAAGUCACGUAUACAAUAUGGCUACCCAAAUAUGCUGUGAUAGCUAUGUACAAUUCAAACCAGGGAUACACUCAGUUUGCUGCGGCUCGCUAGCAUACGAUGUCAAUACUCAGCUCUGCUGCGAGGGUCUUCCUGUCCGCAAAGUAGGAAAUCAUUCAGCUUGCUGCGGAAGGAUGGCAUAUGAUGUACAGAAUCAAUUGUGCUGCGAAAAUCGGGUAGUUCCCAAACCCUCACCUUACUCAGCCUGUUGCCUCGCUGAGCACUAUCCCACUUCCUACAAUACAGUUACCCAGCUUUGUUGCGCGGGUUUUGUAUAUCCAGCAUCUCCUGGCGUACGAUGUUGUGGAGCGAUGAUGUAUCACACAAGGAUGAAUAUGUGUUGCGAUGGCAGCCUCAUAUUGCCUAUAUUAGUAACGGGAUGCAGAGGAUUUGCCUGAGACCGAGCCAUCAUAAUAAUAUAAGUAUGGCUGUAAAAGCAAAAUCACAAAGGUCUCAAUGGGGUGAUGAGUUUUACGGAUUACGGUUAAUAUUUUCUCAUUGAGGUCAAAAUUUUUUAAAUAGAGAAUAAUACAUGGGCGCGCGUAGUUAUGGAAUUUCUCUUCGAGUGUUUAACACGAUAGCUCACGAGUGAGAUGUCGAGUUGUACACGAGGAGCGAAAUUUCAUAUCUACAAGCAACCAUGUAUUAUUUUGUUUAUCAUAUAAACACAAAAGCCCUUUACUGACUAGCAAAGUCAACUUUGUUAAUGAAUGAAUGAAUGAAAAAAAAAAAAAAAAGAUUGACAAUCCCUGAAUAAAAAUCGUAAAGAACGUUGGCGCACCUAAGAUGAAAACGUGCGUUAAAUCACUACAAAAUAAACAAUGGCCUAAUUUUCAAUAUGCGAAUUCUCAGUUAUUGAAAUUGUACCGACAAAAGAAAUCUUUCAGGUACACGGCCAAAAUCGGCCUGUGGCAAAUCUUCUAGUUGUUGAUUUUCGUUCUCAGCCGGGAGAAAUCCAUUACCAAAGCCACUGAAUACGUAACUUCGGUUUUUCUUUUCGUAUUUUGGUUUUCUUCCCCCUCUAGGAAAGUUUGAACGUCACUGUCUGUUAGCGAUACGGAUUUUUCGGUGUUUUAGUAGCCAUAAUCCGAAAAGAUUCCGACAAACGUCUGUGGAUUGAGAAUGGUGAAGGCUUUGCCGUUCAUUCAUCAACCUGAUCGAGAGGCGCGAAAGGCAAGUGGCGCGUCAGUAGCUGAUUGGCGAUAUCAAACACACGUGAAAAAAUAUCGUAUUUUUUCACGUGUGUUGUUACGGCUUUUCACAGGGCUGGAAAUCCUUGUAUAAAAACGUAGUUUAUAUGAUAAAGUAAUUUUUGUUACAACUAGUAGUUAAAAUUUGUCAAAUUUUACGGCUAACAGCCAAAAUCUUUGGCCGUUUACGGCUAACGGUUAACCCCACUGAGACCUUCGAUCAUAUCUUCAGAUAUGUAAUAAUUCCGAAACCAUAUUUUGCAUUGAAUCAAAAGAAACGAGCCAAUCAGGCACGAUAGUAUUACUGUCAACUGUAGAAGGGUAACAUAUUUAAAGCUAUUCAUUUUUGGUUGUAAACUGUACCUGCACAUGUAUUUACUCAUCAAAUAUAUUUCAUAUCAAAGGGCAUUGAUUAUUAUUGAUUACACUUUUCUUCCUAUUCACUCGGUGUCCCAAAUUGUCAUGUCGACCAGUGUAAACAAUAUACCUUUAGGUAUCUUUAUGUUUCCAACUGGUCCGUGCAUCGGUCCUUAGUUCUCCAUGCAAGGAACCAAACGGUUCUUCACUGGAAGUUUUUAUUUGGCACCAAAGGAUGAGGCUAAUUAAAGAAAGAAACAGCGUAAGAAAGAUAAGUUAAUUUUAUUUGAAGGGUUUACCAUGGCUAGAAACAAAUAAUAAUUACCUUGAAGCUAUCGGAAGUUCAUUAAUACAUUACAUCACAAAGGGUUACUAGAUAAUGAAAUUAGCUCAGGGACCACCAAGGGAUUUUCAUUCCAUCGUGCAUUUCACAUUUUCAGUUUGACGCGCAGUACAGCAACAGAAGUGUGAUGUUUUAAGUACUGAAAAGUUAUUAAAUAUUUUUUCAUGA